AUGAAUAAAGACGACCUUUCUGAGGUUAGCAAUGAUUUCAAGGAGCUCCGUGUGACAACAUCCGGCGAUGAAGCCUCCAACAGAAUGGAUACCAGAAAUGACGACAGUCGUUCGGGCCAAGAUGAAGGUAACAUAACUCAUGGGGAACAGCAGAUGGUACCGAAUUCUAACGGCAGUGAUGAGGAAUCAGAUUCAUCCGGAGAAUGGUCUGCUUUACCGGCGAUAGCUUCCUACAGUGUUUACAAUGAGAAAGGAGAGCUGGCUCUACCUGCUCAAGGAAGUUCAAGCACAUUUCUUCCUCCAGAUUCUAAGCGAGCACCAUCAGCGUCACCUAUUCGAGAUAAUCUUGCCAAUGGAGGCUCAACGUUUGGAUACACCAAACUUGCCGGUGAAGAGCAAGCUCAGCGAAGUUACGCAACGCAGCAGAAGAUCGAUUUUCUGUUCAAUCACAGGGCUUUUGCUUCAUCUAAGGCGUCCUUGAAUAAUUCAGAAGACGGCUUCGAUGAGGGGGACGAUGAUGAUGAUGAAGGCGAGCGCUAUACCACCGAUUUGAACUCCACAGACCAGCUUGCAGUAACGAAGGAUCUCUUACAUGAAAAAGAGAUCUUUGCUUAUUUAGGCGCAGUAAACGUUUUGGCAGAUGAGAUGAGCACCGAACUGGCUCUUACGUGCUUGAGCACUGAUAUAGUUGGUAGGGAAAAGCUAGUACGAAGAUUGCACAAAGUUCAGAAAAGUAUGGCUGACUGGAAAGUUACCGUUGUGUCACGCCUUUACGAACAUAUGGGCAUUUCUUUGGAAGAGAGGCGUAUGGUUGAGGCGCUUACAAGACACGGUGUUGAGCUACGGGACGUUUGCAAAUGUCUUAAGGUUAACCAAGUGGUACGAAACCCUUUCGAACACAGCGAUCAUCAAACCAUCAUUAAUAAGACCGAUGGAUUUGGGACGAACGAAUUUUCAGAUGUCACAGCCGAGGGCGGGGUAAGUGACCUAUACGAAAAAUCGGAGCUUAAUAUUGAUGUUAGUUGGACCAUAAUUUGUGAUUUGUUUCUGCUUCUCUUGGCGGACUUAUCUUACGACUCUCGUUCUCGGACCUUGUUGAUGAAAUUUGGCAGUGUUUUAUCCAUUUCGCAAACAGAGAUAUGCGAAUUCGAAAAGCGAGUUACUGACGGGCUCGAAAUGGAACAAUCAAUGGAAGAUCAGGUGUGGAACGAGCAGGACCAUAUGAAAACGAGGCGGAAGAAAAGUCGUAAUAAGAAGCUAUGCUAUGUGGGCCUCGCAACAAUUGGGGGAUCGCUAGUAUUGGGUCUCAGCGGUGGACUGCUAGCUCCUGUAAUUGGAGCGGGAAUCGCAGCAGGACUGUCGACUGUUGGUAUAACAAGCGCCGCUGGUUUUUUGACAGGUGUCGGUGGAACCGCUGUCGUUGCUGCGACGAGCACAGCAAUCGGUGCCAAAAUAGGAACGGAAGCAAUGUCCAAACGAAUGGGCAGUGUGAGGACUUUUGAAUUAAGUCCGCUACAUAACAAUAGACGGGUCAACUUAAUUGUGACUGUGUCUGGAUGGAUGACUGGUAACGACGAUGACGUUCGUCUUCCUUUCUCGACCGUUGAUCCGAUAGAAGGAGAUUUGUACUCUCUGCAUUGGGAACCUGAAAUGCUUAAGUCAACUGGUCAAACUAUAAACAUUUUAGCCAGUGAGAUUUUUACUCAAACGAUACAGCAGAUUUUAGGCGCAACCAUAUUAACAGCCUUUAUGUCCGCCAUUCAAAUGCCGAUGAUGCUAUCUAAACUUGGCUACCUCAUCGAUAAUCCAUGGAAUGUAUCGUUAGAUCGUGCUUGGGCAGCAGGUCUUAUUUUGGCGGAUACUCUUAUUUCUCGGAAUUUGGGAAAGCGCCCCGUUACACUCAUUGGAUUCUCUUUGGGCUCUAGAGUAAUCUACUCAUGUCUUCUUGAGCUAUGCAAGAAAGGCUACCCCGGACUAGUUGAAAAUGUCAUUAUGUUUGGCUCUCCCAUUGUCUACAAAAGCGAGGACUUGAUAAUGGCUAAGUCUGUUGUCAGUGGCAGGUUUGUCAAUGGUUUUUCCACAAAGGACUGGAUUUUAUGUUAUCUAUUUCGAGCUACUAGUGGGGGCUUUAGCAAAGUUAUAGGUAUUUCUCCGGUAAGUCAUAUUCAUGGGAUAGAGAAUUUUGAUUGCACUGAACUAGUAGAAGGCCAUAUGGCAUACAGAAAGAAAAUGCCGAAGCUACUAAAACAGCUUGGAAUUUCUGUAUUAAGUGAAGAAUUUGCCGAGAUAGAAGAAGCUUCGGACCCCGAGCAAGUUGAGAGGCAAAGGCGUUUUGUGCAUGACUUAGACGAAGCUCAGAGAAAGCUUUCAUCCAAGAAAAAGCGUGCCAGCUGGGUCCCAGGCUGGAUGAAACCUAAAAAAGCGAAGUGGCAGGAGAUGUGGGAAGAAUCUACCAUUGCUCAAGGCAAUCACUUAAAUGAAGAGAGAGCAAAAUCCGCAAAAACUGAAGACAGUGCCAUAGUUAAUACAAGUGCUUUACUGAAGGAACUCAACAAUAUUAAAGAGGCCAUGGCUCACGAAAAGCCUGUGGAUAAUGACCUUAAAUUAGAUACAAGUACAACAGAUGAUGACAAGAAAAUGAAUGCCAACACCUUUCAACUCCUGAGCGCGGGGAAAGUGGUGCUACCUGAGGAUCGAUACAGCUUUAGAAAGCACAAUGAUGAGAAAGUGAAUUUUACCUUUCCUGACGAAUUUUGA